AUGGUGGAUGUUGAAUCUCAGCUGAGUAUCUCGCGGAUUCAUCGUCUUCUGCGACCACUACGAUGUACUCUUGCCUCGAACACGCCUCAAACUCUCCAGAGUAAUCUGCAACGAACGUAUUCAUCGAAACCCACGAAGUUCGUAACCAAUAUCACCCUUACGCCUUUGGAACGUAUACCGCCUCCCGGGAGAGCUGCAUUACUUGGUGGCGAGCAGCGGAACCUACUGAUUGAACUGUCGCGGAAGAUCUACGCUCUUCGAGACUGCUUCAGGAAUGUAGUGGCAGGUGUGUUGGGCAAGGACCACGACGCGUCAGCUCAAGUGCCCAGCUUGGCUUCAUUGUGCGCUACGGUCAUGGGCGAGACUCUAAAUCAACACAUGCAAGAACUAGAGCGUGAAAUCCGGGAGGAGAAGGAAUCUGUGGACGACGCCGAGCUCCUCGAAGCCGUAGAAUCUUUAUUCGAAGCCAUACCCGCCCAUCAGCGAAAAUGGUCACUUGUUGCACACGCGUUGGACGAAAUAAUACAGGCGGGACCAACACAUCCGACGCUGGUCCACGAAUUAUUGCAGACAUGUCUGUCGUACCGGCUUCAGCGCGAGUCUUCAACGCUGCUUCGAAUGUUGCUGAAACUGGCCUGCUCGCCAAUAUCGGACUCUGAUGGCACUGCACGGCUCUCACAUCCUGCGCAUGUGAUGUACUUGACAGAACUCCUGGCUUCGUGGACAGGCGCCGGAUUCACAGCAUCUCAUUUCGUCAACAUUUUCACCGAGGUCUUGUCCGAUCCAUGCUAUGCAAAUGCUUGGCCGUCCAGAGCUACAACUAGACUAGCAAGUUCCCUGCGACUGCAACCCCACACCUUUCCGUUAUUCCUUCGCCUCAUCCAUGGAUUAAUGGUCUGCAUCCGCAACUGCAACUUCAAUCAUGACAUGGGAUGGAUUCUGCCUUCCCAAAGCAACGGCAAUAUGAUGAGCUUACUUUCAACAUGGGCAACUACCUUGGUCGACUGUAUUCUCAAGUCCGAACCGCUACCUCAAGCUUCCCAACUAUAUGUUAGCGAACUCCUCCAAAUGAAUGAUACCAUAGGUGUGCCUGUCGGAUCUUCGACUAGUCCAAUUGCAACGCUUGCUACCGUUGCUCUCGCGUUGAAGGAUUGUGCCUGUGUGGCCAAGUCGCUCCUGGAGGGUGUCAUACCAACGACCUCAACAUACGACGCGCUUCUCGUCAACCUGUUCAGCCCCAUCGCUGGGCCAAACUAUACUACCAUAGACUUACAUGCGUUCAUCUCAUCUGUAGAGCACUAUGCCUCUGCACUCACAUCCGCCAACUUGCCUCAACUCGAAGCAUCCCUCUGGGCUUGUGCCCACAGUUACUUCGACCGCAUUCGCCCCGCCCGUGACGCAGAGGUUGAACGCGAAGCCAAGUCAAUCAAGACAAAAUUAGUGUCCAACGUAGAGCGAUCGGAACUGCGAUGCUUCACUAAAAGCCCUUACAACCCACGCCAUAGUACUUCAUUCGAAUCGCCUAACGGCCGUGUUUGGAAGUGGGAAUCUUCGUUCGAGUCCUGGGUUCGUCGGGGUACGCCCAUAGUAGCACCAACGAAGAAGCGAAAGGUUGAAGAGGAAACACCCACUAAGCCAGUAACUCGCAAAUUCUCGGAGCUCGGCCAACAUAACGUCCUCUCAUCGUCUUCUCUACCCUGGGAACAACCGCUCAAAACCUGUAACGCAAGACGCAAAUCUUCGGCGGAACUGGUACCCAAAUUUAGGUCACUUCUGUCAACUGCUCUAUCCAACCGCACAGUUCUUCACGACAAGGAGAACAUAGUCUGUCGCCCUGCAAAGCCCACAUCAAAGCCGACUUUUGCCGUCCCCGCCGUUCGGGUUCCUGUAGCAGGAUCACCACUAUCGUCACCGGUACAUGCCCCAUCAUCUGAAGACGCUCUCAAUCUAUUCUCCUAUAGUUAG